AUGGAGAAGAGGAAGGUGGUGCUGCUCUUGCAAGGAUUUUUCCUCUUGCAGCUGAGUCGUCCCUCACUCCAAGGAGGGGUGUACAUUCCACCUGGAGCAGGUGGUGCUGGAGCUGGAGUUGGUCCUGGGGGAGGUCUUGGAGCGGGACUUGGAGCUGGAGCCGGUCCAGGAGGCGGACUAGGAACAGGCUUACGACCUGGAGCUGGACCUGGAGCUGGUGCCGGAGGUUUUGGACCUGGUGGUGUUGGUCAAGGACCUGGUGGCGUUGGACCAGGAGGGUAUGGACCUGGUGUUGGACCUGGAGGAGCUGGUCCAGGAGGCUUCGGGCCUGGCGGUGCUGGACCAGGGGGAUAUGGAACUGGAGUAGGACCUGGCGGUGCUGGACCAGGGGGAUAUGGAACUGGAGUAGGACCUGGGGGUGUCGGACCAGGAGGUGUUGGAGCAGGGGCUGGUCCAAAGCCACCUAAAACAGGUGGUGCAUAUGGUGGCCAGGGUGUCGGUCCAGGGGGCCGAGGUACCGGCUUUGGUCCUGGUGGUCAGGGUGCUGGUCUUGGAACUGGUGGAGUUGGACCGGGUGGUGUAGGUCCAGGUGGUGUUGGACCGGGUGGUGUAGGUCCAGGUGGUGUUGGACAAGGUGGUCUCAGACCAGGAGGAGUUGGACCGGGUGGUGUUGGACCAGGAGGAGUUGGACCAGGUGGUUACGGACCAGGCGGAGGAGUUGGACCAGGUGGUUACGGACCAGGUGGAGGAGUUGGACCAGGUGGAGUCGGCCCAGGAGGAGUUGGCCCAGGUGCUGGCAGAAAGCCUGGAAAAACAGGUGGUGGAUACGGGGGCCAAGGCAUUGGUCCAGGUGGUCGUGGAACCAGUUUAGGAGCAGGUGGCUUUGGACCUGGAGUUGGCCCUGGUGGAGUUGGACCAGGUGGAGUUGGACCAGGAGGAGUUGGACCAGGAGGCCCAGGAGGUUUUGGUCCUGGAGGCUAUGGACCAGGAGCUGGCACCAAAGCUGGAAAAGCAGGUGGUCGGGGUGCUGGGCUUGGAGGACUGGGCACCGGUCUCGGACCUGGUGGAGUUGGACCAGGUGGUGUCGGCCCAGGUGGUUUUGGCCCUGGAGGUUAUGGACCUGGUGGUGUCGGACCUGGUGGAGUCGGACCAGGUGGUGUAGGCCCAGGUGGUGUCGGCCCAGGUGGAGUUGGCCCUGGAGGUUAUGGACCUGGUGGUGUCGGACCUGGUGGAGUCGGACCAGGUGGUGUAGGCCCAGGAGGUUAUGGACCUGGUGGUGCUGGCCCUGGAGGCUAUGGACCUGGUGGAGUUGGACCUGGUGGUGUCGGACCAGGUGGGGUUGGACCAGGAGGAGUUGGCCCAGGAGGUUAUGGACCUGGAGGUGUUGGAAGAGGUGGGAAGCCUGGGAAGCCCUCUAAGACAGGUGGAUACGGAGGCCAUGGUGUAGGACCAGGUGGAGUGGGUGCUGGUCUCGGAAGCGGAGGUCUUGGACCAGGUGGAGUCGGACCAGGUGGAGUUGGCCCUGGUGGAGUUGGACCAGGCGGAUAUGGUCCUGGUGGUGGUGUUGGGCCUGGUGGAGUUGGACCAGGCGGAUAUGGUCCUGGUGGUGGUGUUGGGCCUGGUGGAGUCGGACCUGGUGGAGUUGGACCAGGCGGAUAUGGUCCUGGUGGUGGUGUUGGGCCUGGUGGAGUCGGACCUGGUGGAGUUGGACCAGGCGGAUAUGGUCCUGGUGGUGGGGUUGGACCUGGUGGAGUUGGACCAGGCGGAUAUGGUCCUGGUGGUGGGGUUGGACCUGGUGGAGUCGGCCCAGGCGGAUAUGGUCCUGGUGGUGGGGUUGGACCUGGUGGAGUCGGCCCUGGUGGAGUUGGACCAGGCGGAUAUGGUCCUGGUGGUGGUGUUGGGCCAGGAGGAGUUGGACCAGGAGGUGUUGGACCAGGUGGACUUAGACCAGGUGCAGGAGGGAAACCUGGAAAGACUGGUUAUGGAGGCCUUGGUGGAGCAUUAGGAGCUGGGGGCCUGGGGGCUGGUCUAGGCACUGGGGGGCUAGGACCUGGUGGCCAAGGCACAGGAUACAGACCUGGAGGUGGUUAUGGGGGUUAUGGACAGAAACCACCAAAAGCAGGGCCAGGUGGAACUGGCUAUGGACCAGGUGGAGCAGGGUACGGACCUGGAGGAACUGGACUUGGACCUGGUGGUGCCGGUUAUGGACCUGGUGGUGCUGGUUAUGGGCCUGGUGGUGCUGGAGUCGGACCAGGAGGAGCGGGAGUCGGGCCAGGAGGAGCAGGUACUGGACCAGGUGGAGCUGGAGUUGGCCCUGGUGGUUCUGGAGUUGGCCCCAGUGGAGCAGGAGUUGGCCCUGGUGGAGCAGGAGUUGGCCCUGGUGGUGCAGGAGUUGGCCCUGGUGGAGCAGGAGUUGGCCCUGGUGGUGCUGGAGUUGGCCCUGGUGGUGCUGGAGUUGGCCCUGGUGGUACUGGAGUUGGCCCUGGUGGAGCAGGAGUUGGCCCUGGUGGAGCUGGAGUUGGCCCUGGUGGUGCUGGAGUUGGCCCUGGUGGAGCAGGAGUUGGCCCUGGUGGAGCUGGAGUUGGUCCUGGUGGAGCAGGAGUUGGCCCUGGAGGCGCACCACUACUUCCUCAGACUGGUCAACCAGGUGGAACAGGCCCAGGAGGGAAAACCGCAGGGAAGGCCGCUAAGAUUCCAGGCAUCGGUUUACCUGGACUCUAUCAAGGUGGAUUAGUUCCUGGACAAGGUUUUGGUGGACGGGGUGUACUACCUGGUGUUGUCACAGGUUCUGGGGUUGGAUCUCAAUCUGGAGUUCUGGGUCAAGGGGGAGUUGGAGUUGGAACUAAUGGUGGUCGUGGAACUUACUCUGGACAACAACUACCUGGCGUGUUUCGCGGAUACCCUCUUAUUACACCCAAAACUGGAGCAGGAGGAAAAAAAGCUAAAGCUGGUAAAUAUGGGACUGGAACUGGUGCAGGUGGUAUACCUCUGGCCAGUGGCCUUCCUGGACAAGGUGUCGUAGCAGGAGCUGGCGGCGUACCUGGGUCAGGACUGGUACCUGGGGGAUCAGGAGGCAUUCCUGGCGCAGGUGGGGUACCUGGAGCAGGUGGCGUACCUGGAGCUGGGGGUUACCCAGGAGGGGGUGUCUAUCCUGGAGCUGGACCUGGAGCUGGUGGUGCUUAUCCAGGAGGAUAUGGAUCAUCUGCAAAGGCUCGUAAAUAUGGCCAGCCUGGAGGCACCGGUGGUGUGCUAGGGGCUGGUAGAGUACCUGGUGGAGUUGGUGGAGUACCUGCUGGAGCUGGUGGCUUACCUGGUGGUGCUGGAGGUUUACCUGGUGGAGCUGGUGGCUUACCUGGUGGAGCUGGUGGCUUACCUGGUGGAGCUGGUGGCUUACCUGGUGGUGCUGGAGGCUAUGCUGGUGCCAAGGCACGUAAAUAUGGACCUGGUGGUGGUUUAGCUGCUGGCCUUGGAGGAGUGCCAGGAGGGGGAUACGGACCUGGUGGUGGUGUGGGACCUGGUGGUGUUGGACCAGGCGGAAUUGGCCCAGGUGGUGUUGGACCUGGUGGUUACGGACCAGGUGGUUACGGACCAGGUGGAGGCAUUGGACCAGGUGGGGCUGGGCCAGGUGGUGUUGGAACAGGUGGGGCUGGUCCAGGUGGUGUCGGAACAGGUGGAGUUGGCCCAGGUGGUUACGGACCAGGUGGAGGCGUUGGACCAGGUGGUGCUGGACCAGGUGGGGCUGGGCCAAGUGGUGUCGGACCAGGUGGAGUUGGCCCAGGUGGUUACGGACCAGGUGGUGUUAGCCCAGGUGGUUAUGGACCAGGUGGUGUUGGCCCAGGUGGUUACGGACCAGGUGGUGUUAGCCCAGGUGGUUAUGGACCAGGUGGAGGACUUGGAGCAGGAGGGGUACCUGGCGGUGGAGUAAGCCCUGGAGGGUAUGCUGGUGCCAAAGCCCGCAAAUAUGGUCUAGGUGGUGGUGGACCUGGAUCUGGAGCAGCUGGAGGGUUAGGAGGUGGAGGGUACGGCCCAGGUAGUGGUGUUGGACCCGGUGGAGCAGGACGAGGUGGUCCCGGAGGCUAUGGACCAGGUGGUGCUGGCCCUGGUGGAGCUGGUCCCGGAGGCUAUGGACCAGGUGGUGCUGGCCCUGGUGGAGCUGGUCCCGGAGGCUAUGGACCAGGUGGUGCGGGCCCUGGUGGAGCUGGUCCCGGAGGCUAUGGACCAGGUGGUGCUGGCCCUGGUGGAGCUGGUCCCGGAGGCUAUGGACCAGGUGGUGCGGGCCCUGGUGGAGCUGGUCCCGGAGGCUAUGGACCAGGUGGUGCUGGCCCUGGUGGAGCUGGUCCAGGCGGAGUUGGACCGGGUGGAUAUGGACCUGGAAGUGGAACUGGGACUGGAGCUUAUCCUGGUGGAGCAAAAGCAUGGAAAUAUGGCCGCAGUGGUGGUGGUGGUGCUCCUGGGUCAGGUUUAGGCGGUGCUCUAGGUGGGCUGGGCACAGGCCCAGGAGGAGCUGGAACCGGGCCAGGUGGUGCUGGAUACGGUACCGGAGUUGGACCUGGAGGAGUCGGCACAGGACCUGGGGGAGUGGGUUACGGGCCUGGUACUGGCUAUGGGCCCGGUGGUGGCUAUGGGCCAGGAAGAUAUGGAACAGGUUAUGCACCUGGAUCUAAAGCUGCUAAAUAUGGUGCUGGGACAGGUGCUGGGGGUGUACUCGGGUAUGGAGGGGUACCUGCUGGUGGACCAGGAGGAGUAGCAACCAUUGGACAAGCUGGAACCGGUCCUGGCUUAACUCAGGGAGUGGGCUCAGUGGCAGGAGGUCCAGGAGGCGGCGCUGGAGGUUUUCCAGGUGGGCUGCCAGGUGGUGGAUAUCGGGGUUAUGGGGGAUAUGGUGCAGGUGGUAAACCUCCUAAAUAUGGACAGCCAGGUGGAGCUGCAGGAGUAGGUCCAGGAGGAGUGGGAAUUGGAGCAGGAGCAGGGACUGGAGUAGGAGGCGGUCCGAGUGGACAGGGUGGAGCAACUGGUGCAACAGGUACAGCUGUGCCAGGAGGGGCCGGAGGGGCACUCGGGGGAGCAGCAGUUCCCGCUGGCAACGGAAGCACCGCAGUCAAUGGAUCAACAGUUGGAUCAGGCACAGUGACUGUGGUCCUCGGAGGCCCUACUGGAACAGGUGGCCCUGGUGACGGUAUUGGAGGGGGUCCCGUUGGAACCAAAGCACCUAAGGAUGGUGAUGCUGGAGGAGGGAUAGAAGGAUCCGGAGGCUCACUGGGAGGAGGCCCAGGAGAUGGUGUGACUGGUGGAGCCAUUGAUGGAGAUGGUGAUGGCUUGGUUGUUGGGAUCACAGGAACUGGCAUACCAAUCCUUGCCAGUGGAAAGCCAGACAAGGGAGCACCUGUGCUCGGAGGAACGCAGAUUCCAGGUGGAACAGGAGUGCCAGAAAUCGGAGCUGGAGUUGUGCAGCCUAGUGCUGGAACUGGUGCUGGAGUGCCAUCUGGAGGUGGCAGUGUUAAUGGAAGCCUGCCAGGAGCCAAGCCACUCAAGCCUCCAGGUAUUGGUGGAGGCGUGGUAGCCGGACGAGGGGAUACUCCAGCGACUCUAGAUGAAGGACCUGGUGGAGCAGGAGGAGGAGGGCCAGGGGGGUGUACGGGGGUACGGGUGGCACUGGACUCCUCGGUACUGGAGGAGUCGCUGGAACUGGAACUGGUGGCCCAGGUGGAGCAUCUGGAGUGA